GCCCUUGCAGCUGGAGCCUCCGGCCCCGUCUGCGCUGACGAAUGACGGUCGAGCCCGGCACCGCCGGCGCUGCCGCUGCCACAACUGACGCGGCCUGCGGCGGCACCAAGCAAUCGCCUGCCAGCAGCAGCGGCCAACAGGCCCAGCAGCAGCAGCAGUGCGCGCACGUGCCGAGGCGGGCGCUGUCGCUAAAACUCUCCUCCUGCCCGCGCACGUGCCCACGUCCUUCGAUCGACCUGGGCGACGUCUCCGCGCCGGUGCCUGUGCCCGCGGCCGUGGCGCCCCUGUUCGCGCCCCUCACCCUGACCGGCGCCCCCAAGAAGACCGCCUUCCAGCUCACCAACCGCAUCGUGUACGCGCCGCUCACACGCAUGCGCGCCACCGGCACCAUCCCGCAGCCGUCCGCCGCGACGUACUACGGCCAGCGCGCCGUGCCGGGCACGCUGAUGAUCACCGAGGCCACCAACAUCAGCGCCGAGGCCUACGGCUACCUCAACUCCCCGGGCCUGUACACGCCGGAGCAGCUGCAGGCCUGGAAGCCCAUCGUGCGCACCGUGCGCGACAAGGGCGCCGUGUUCUUCUGCCAGCUGUGGCACACCGGCCGCGCCUCACACAACGACCUGCAGCCUCACGGCACCGCCCCCAUCAGCUCCAGCACCCGGCCCAUCACCUCGCCCGAGUACACCGUGUACACACCCACCGGCCCCAAGCCCUACCCCACGCCCCGAGCCGCCACUCGCGAGGACAUCAAGCGCAUCAUCAAGGAGUACGCCGCCGCGGCCGUGGCCGCCGUUGAGGUGGCGGGAUUCGACGGCGUGGAGAUCCACGGGGCAAAUGGAUACCUCAUCGACCAGUUUAUCAAGGACAACGUAAACGACCGCACCGACGAGUACGGCGGCAGCAUUGAGAACCGCUGCCGCUUCGCGCUGGAGGUGACGGAGGCGGUGGUGGCGGCGGUGGGCGCAGACCGCGUAGGCAUCCGCCUCAGCCCCUUCACGAACUUUCUGGAUGUCGCUGACUCCACGCCGUACGGCACGAAUGUGUACCUGCUGGAGCAGCUGAACAAGUUCGGCCUGGCGUACGUGCACAUGGUGGAGCCGCGCAUGGCGGGCAACGAGGAGCGCGCUACCACGGAAACGCUGCUGCCGUUCCGGGCGGUGUGGAAGGGCACCUUCAUGGCAGCGGGCGGCUUCCGACCCGGCAGCGGCGCCCAGGCGGUGGCCAGCGGCCACUGCGACCUGGUGGCGUACGGCAGGUGGUACCUGGCCAACCCUGACUUCCACAAGCGCGUCCUGCUGGGCGCCCCCCUCAACCCCUACAACCGUGACACCUUCUACGGUGGCGGCCUGCAAGGGUACAUCGACUACCCCACCCUGGAGCAGCUGAAGGAGAAGGGGCAGCUGCAGGAGGGCGGCGCGGCGGCGGUGACUGACAAGUAGAGCCUGGGGGGUGUUUGAAAGCGGCCGCAGCUGAGGGGCGUGCAGUAUGCAGACGUGACAGGGGGGGGGGCUGCGUAUAUUGUUUGUGGUGUACAAGGUGGUUUGCACAUUCUUUCGGGCCUUUCUGCCUUGUUCGGGCUCGACGAUUCGUGCUGGGGUGGCCCUACACUCCCAACAUAAAAACCAUCGUCACGCUUGCAGGCGCUUGCAGGCGUACAUGUGGGCAGCUCAGCUUGAGGUACAGGAAUAUAUCCACGGCGACGCCGGUUGUAGUUGGUGUGUAGGCUUUGCGCUGUGCUGCGUACCGCAAAUGCGUGAAUCCUGACGGGGGGGGGGGGUUGCAGGGAUACGGGUCAAGAGGUCAACCGUUUGCAGAUUGACCACCGUUUGCACUACAUGCGGUGGGUGCAUGUCGUUAUGAGAGGCAGCGUUGAGAUUACUAAGCAAGCUGCUGGGUCUGGCUCACGUGCCAGGAGCUGGAAAGCAGUCGUGGGUGAAACCACGACCUUUCUGGGCACCCAGGUGUACCCCGGUCAACUGUGACUGGGCUCGGCCAGACUCGAAACCCUCGGCAACAUGACAGUCAUGUUGCACCCAGCAAAGGGCAUGGCAGGCAAAACUUCCCUAGCGAGAAGCGCGAGUACGCGACUAGCGCGCCGCAUUCGCCGUGUUCGGACCCUGCGCUCGAUCGCAAAUGGGCG